GGUCCAUGCUUUGAACCCAGAGGUGGGUUUUGAGGGGCCAUGUAUGGGAUUGAAGAGUUUGAGGCGUAAGAUCCUUGAGGAAUCAAAGGUGACUUGGUAUAUUGCAGGCCCUGCAAUUUUAGCAUCGGUUUUUCAGUUCUCGAUCGGUUUUGUAACAGUGGUCUUUGUGGGGAGAUUGGGCAGCACAGAGCUGGCUGCUGUUUCAAUUGUUCAGAAUGUGAUUGAAGAUUUUGCAUUUGGGGUCUUGCUAGGGAUGGGAAGUGCACUUGAGACACUGUGUGGCCAGGCAGUGGGAGCAGGGCAAUUCAAUAUGCUAGGAAUAUAUAUGCAGAGAUCAUGGAUUAUAACAUGCGUAACUGCCAUGGUCUUAUCACCGUUUUACAUUUUCUCUUCCCCAGUUUUGAAGCUAUUUCACCAGUCUGAUGAUAUAUCAGAAAUGGCCGGAAAGUAUUCGGUAUUGGUUAUCCCCCAACUUUUUGCCUAUGCAAUAAACUUUCCAUUACAGAAGUUCCUCCAGUCUCAGAGCAAAGUCAUGGUAAUGACAGCGAUAUCUGGUGUAUCUCUCAUGGUGCAUAUAUUAUUGAGUUGGGUUUUUGUGACCAAAUUAAAUUACGGGUUGGCCGGAGCAGCAGCAGCUGGAAAUAUUUCCUGGUGGAUUAUAAACUUGGCUCAAAUUAUCUAUGUUGUAUCUGGAUUUUUCCCUGAAGCCUGGACUGGCCUUUCUUGGUUGGCUUUCCAUUCUCUGGCUGCUUUUGUAAAGCUCUCCCUUGCAUCAGCCAUAAUGCUAUGCUUGGAGCUAUGGUAUUAUACUGCAGUUAUACUUUUAGUUGGGGGCUUACACAAUGCCGAAAUUGAAGUUGACUCGAUCUCCAUAUGCAUGAACUUGGAACUAUGUACAUUGAUGGUGGCUUUAGGGUUCAAUGCAGCUGUCAGUGUGAGGGUCUCCAAUGAACUCGGAGCUGGUCGCCCAAAGGCUGCGAAAUUUUCAGUGAUUGUGAAUGUAGCUGCAUCAGCUAUGUUUGGGAUCCUUUUCAUGGUUAUAAUUUUUUCUACAAGAAAUGACUUCCCCAAGCUUUUCACAACAGAUCCCACGGUCAUGACAGCGACUUCCAAGCUCGGAACUCUUCUUGCAUUCACAAUGUUCCUAAACAGCAUUCAGCCAGUUCUUUCUGGUGUCGCAGUUGGUGCGGGUUGGCAAACCCUCAUCGCAUUUGUUAAUGUUGGGUGCUACUACUUGUUUGGGCUGCCCAUAGGGGCCGUACUAGGCUAUAAGUUUAACCUCGGUGCAAAGGGAAUUUGGUCAGGAAUGUUGCUUGGAGGCCUCUUGCAAACAUUGAUUCUUAUAUUCAUCACAAUUCGAACGAAUUGGGAGAAAGAGGCUUCUCAAGCAGAAGAUCGCAUCCAAACUUGGGGUGGAAUUACAGAGGCCAGAGAAAGCACUGGAUGUUAACAUUUUUGUUCAAUUGUAUAGAACCGCCAGUUGAACUUUUAGAUCCCACAUCCCAGCUACCGCACUUGGCAAAUCCAAGCCGAAUAACACUACUUGCCUCGAUCAAAUACUUCCAAUAUGAACACAUAUUAUAAAAAUUAUGUUCUCCUUUCAGGAAUCCGGCUUGGGCUUGAGUGUUUAGCAGCGCCACAUCUCCAUCCAGAUUCUUGCCAUUGAAGUAACCGACAACUCUGUUUUCUGCUUUGUGUAUCCUCGGACUGUAUUUCUUGCUUUCCAGCUGCAGCUGCACCUCUUACAGGACAAUUUU